CAAAAAUCCUGAAGACCCUUUGCACCUACAUGCGGCAGAGCACCCACAGGCCCUUCCUGCUCUGGGCCGUGUUUCUCCUCGCCCACUUUCACCAGGAGCCCGUCAUCAGCAGUCUCCUCCGGAAAGGUCUGCCCAUGGACAGUGACACGGUGGAGCUGUGGAGGAGCCUGGGGAGAAGCACCAUUGGGAUUCAGGUCCUGAGGUGCUUAGUGGAGAAACUAAACAGAGCACGAAACAACUGCCUGGGGACCAACUCCUCCGCUUGUGAGUGGCACAACCAUGAGACUGCUCUGGAGACUUUGAUGAUCACCCGUGCCAUCUCCGAAGUGGUGCUUGCCCUGAGGAGCACAGAGGAGCUCAGGCAGCUGCUUCCCCACCUCCUUCCCAGCCUCCUGAGGUGGGCCAGCGAAACCCUGGGCGAGGAGCGGCUGCUUUCCCCCCUGGGAGAAGGCGGAAGACAACUGUUCCUCAAGGGCCAGGUGCUUGAGGAGAAGCCGUGCAGGGUUUUCCUUAUGGCUUUAGAGUUGGUGCUAGGCAAAUGCAUGGCAGAGAAGUGGAUGCGGCUGCUCAUGAAUCGGGCAGCGUGGGCUCUCCUUGAAGACCCCCUGACCCAUUCUGAUGGGGUGCGUCUCCUGACCAGGUAA